AUGUUAAUACCACCCGGCGCUCUCCUUUUCUGCUACUGCUGCUGCGGGCUCCUCCGUCCGAGACAGAUGUUGCGAAACCAAGGCCUCCUCAAGUGCCGCUGCCGCAUGCUCUUCAAUGACCUGAAGGUCUUCCUGCUGCGGAGACCCCCCGCCCCUCCGCCGCCCUCGCCGCCGCCGCCGCUCCCCAUGCCCGGCGGCGCAGAGGCGGGGGCCGGCGGCACCGCUCCGCCCGGGGGGCGCGGGGCCGGCUGGCGGGGGGCGGCGGGCAGCCCGGGAGCCGAGGAGUGGGGGAGCCCCGCCGGGGAGCCCCCGGCCUCCCUGCCCAGCAGCACCUCUUCGGAUGACUUCGGCAAGGGCAAGGCCGAGGACCGCUACUCGCUGGGCAGCAGCGUCGACAGCGGCAUCCGCACCCCGCUCUGUAGGAUCUGCUUCCAGGGGCCCGAGCAGGGGGAGUUGCUGAGCCCGUGUCGAUGCGACGGAUCGGUGAAAUGCACGCACCAGCCAUGUCUGAUCAAAUGGAUUAGUGAGAGAGGCUGCUGGAGCUGCGAGCUGUGUUACUACAAGUAUCACGUCAUUGCCAUAAGCACAAAGAACCCUCUGCAGUGGCAAGCCAUCUCUCUGACGGUCAUUGAGAAGGUUCAGAUAGCAGCGGCCAUCCUGGGUUCCCUCUUCCUCAUCGCCAGUAUCUCGUGGCUCAUCUGGUCGACCUUCAGUCCUUCAGCCAAAUGGCAGCGCCAGGACCUGCUCUUCCAGAUCUGCUAUGGAAUGUACGGCUUCAUGGACAUUGUCUGUAUAGGUCUAAUAAUACACGAAGGGCCCUCGGUUUACCGGAUUUUUAAACGGUGGCAGGCGGUCAAUCAGCAGUGGAAAGUGCUGAACUAUGACAAAACAAAGGACAUGGAGGAGCAAAAAACAGGGACCAGGACAAAUCAGCGCCCCUCCUCCCAAACCACCCACUCGUCCUCCACUGGUGGUACAGCCACUAACUCCGCUCCAGCCGACAGCGGGGCCCGGGCUGCCGGCCAAGCCACAGGCACCCUCUCUGACCACCACUGUGCUUACACCAUCCUGCAUAUACUCAGCCACCUGAGGCCUCACGAACAGAGGAGUCAGUCUAGUAGUAACAGAGAGCUCGUCAUGAGGGUCACGACGGUCUGAGCCGAGGAAUUCAGGAGGCCUUAACACGGAGCGGAGGAGACAAAGAACUCAUAACGCAGAGGAGCAUGGUGUGCCUUUUUCUUUCUCUUCCUUUUUUUUUUUUUUUUCUUUCUUCUUCUUCUUCUGUUCCUUCUUU